UCGCGCCUCGUUGUGCCUCUACCGCUGGCUUUCGGGAUCGGGUCUCGUAGCCGGAGCGAGAGUCGCCUGCGGCUGGGAAGGGUGGCCUUGCUGGUCUCCGCAGGCACCUGUUUGGUUGCAGGAACUAUUUUUAAUGGCUGUAUUGUUGAACUAAGUAAGUGCUAUGUUAAUGAAGUUGAACUAUUAUGUGUUAAGAAAAAUCUGUUCAUCUCAAUGCUUAUGGAGAAUUGUUUGAUCAAAGCCUAUCUUGGAAUCUUCUAAGAAUUUACCUUAACAAGGAAGAGGAUUGGUGAUUCUUCACAGAUCCUAGGAUUUAGCCACUGGCUUCUGAAAAUAAUACCCUAUAUAAUGAUUGCUAUCUUCAUAUGAUGAUUUUUUUAUCAUGGCAAAUGACACUUUAGAAGGUUUUCAUGAAGUGAAUCUAGCUUCCCCCACAACUCCAGAUCUUUCAGAAGUGCACGAAUCUAAAACUUCUGAAGAACCUGCCUCACCUACAAUUAUUUACCGGCUUCAUCCUUCAGCUGUGUGCUCCUUACCUAUUCAACCAAGUGCUCUGAAUGUGACUGAUCUUCCUACACAACCUGUCUACUCAUCUGCCAGGCACCUAAAUUGUGCAGAAACACUAGGUAUCAGCAUCAAUGUCACAGAAACUGUACCGUGUUCUACCUCAGGAAGCUAUGGAGGGUUGUCCAAACAUGAUCAUUCCAGGAAGGACAACUGUAGCGAAGAGAGAGAAUUUUUGCAGGGUGCAACAGUAACAGACUUUUCUGAAGGAAGAGAUGAUAUUUUUGGGCUAAGCACAGAUAGUCUGUCUCGUCUGCGAAGCCCAUCGGUAUUGGAAGUUAGAGAGAAAGGCUACGAGAGACUGAAAGAAGAACUUGCUAAAGCUCAACGGGAACUGAAACUAAAAGAUGAAGAAUGUGAAAGGCUUUCCAAAGUACGUGAUCAGCUUGGCCAGGAACUGGAAGAACUCACUGCUAGCCUGUUUGAGGAGGCUCAUAAGAUGGUGAGAGAAGCUAAUAUAAAGCAGGCCACAGCAGAAAAACAGUUGAAAGAAGCACAAGGAAAAAUUGAUGUACUUCAGGCUGAAGUAGCAGCUCUGAAAGCAUUAGUGCUAUCUACUUCUCCAACUUCACCAACAAAAGAGGUUCAAUCUAGUGGAAAAACGGCUUUCAGAAAAGGCCACACAAGGAAUAAGAGUACAAGUAGUGCAAUGGGUGUCAAUAACCAGGAAGUUAACAUGAUGCAGCCAAUUGUAAAGGACUGCAAAGAGGCUGAUAUAUCUCUGUACAACGAAUUCAGAUCCUGGAAGGAUGAUCCUACCAUGGAUAGGACAUGCCCGUUUCUCAAUAAAAUCUAUGAAGAAGACAUCUUUCCAUGCUUAACCUUCUCAAAAAGUGAGUUGGCCUCUGCUGUCCUGGAAGCUGUAGAAAACAAUACAUUAAGUGUUGAGCCUGUUGGUCUGCAGCCUGUUCGAUUUGUAAAAGCUUCUGCGGUUGAAUGUGGAGGACCCAAGAAAUGUGCUCUCAGUGGACAAAGUAAAUCCUGCAAGCAUCGGAUCAAGUUGGGGGAUUCAGGAAACUACUAUUAUAUUUCUCCUUUCUGUAGAUACAGGAUCACAUCAGUAUGUAAUUUCUUCACAUAUAUUCGAUAUAUUCAGCAGGGGCUUGUGAAGCAGCAGGAUGUGGACCAGAUGUUUUGGGAAGUAAUGCAACUGAGGAAAGAGAUGUCGCUGGCAAAACUUGGCUAUUACAGGGAGGAGCUGUAACUUCAGUAUUUCUGGUGCCUGCAUGAACUUCCAUAACUGUACAUACAUUUGAGCCAGUUCUAUAUCCAUGUCUAUUUAUUUUAAAAUGGGUCCAAGAUUAUGUGCAAGAUUGCACUAUAUACUUCUAUAAUUCAGCAGAAUAAUUUUACACAAGAGAUUAAAGCUGGCAAGGAAAGAUAAUUUUCAGGUAUACUUGUGAUUAUAACUUAUGACUGAGAAAUUCAGGUGAAACACUGCUCAAGAUUUAUGUGCAUUUUUGUGUGUUCUAGAGAGUUUUUAAUAUAAAAUU